AUGACAAGCGACGAUUCAGUUUAUCAGAAAGAAUGUUGUCCAAAUGACCAGAAGGUUAAUCAUGUCUCCGAACUCUCCGGUUUGAUUAACUACGAACGGAAAGUGAUACUGAGGGAGAUUCGCUCGCGCCUGCUCCGUCUCAAAAGCAUCGUUGACAAAAAGAUGACCCUCAAUAUUCCAGUUAACAAGCAGGAGUUGGCAUGCUUACAGCGCUUUUCCUUUGUUUUUGAUGAUAUCGACGCACUUGAAGCAAGUUCCCAGAAAAUUGCGGAGAAAGUAAUCAAAGCUGUUGAAAUAGGAGACAGUGACUCACUUGUUAAUAUUGAAAUUUUCCCUCGUGUUGAGUCUCCACUUUCUCCAAGCAAUGAAGACCUUGAUUUGGGCGUUUUAAUUUCCGAUUAUGUUCAAGAAAAUCAGUUCGGUUUAUUCGGAGACACAUUGAAGGGAAUUCGUGUUUCUGACAUAAUUGCAGCUGUUGAUAUGGAAAAUGGGAAUACGAAAGUUGGAAAGAAAGUUAAAAGGAAGACUGGUCGAACCAAAGGUGUGAUCAAGCGGAAUGCUCAGCCGCCAGCAAAGAAAGCGAGAAGCAGAUAUGUGCGUGGAUUUUUCAAUGUCCUUCGAAUAGUUCUUCUCACCUUGGGGGAUGCUGGUGGAGGUCUCUCUACGGAACAGCUCUGCGACAUCGUUCAUUCCUGGAAUUCCAAUCCUCGUGUCCAGCGAACUAACUCGUCGUGGAUAGCUAAGUGUACCGAUUGGUCAGAAUUGGUGAGACCUGCGCUGGUCCUUCUCUCCAGCAGAUCCGCCUUGUCUGGGCUGCAUCGUACUGCCUCUAAGGAAGGCCAUGGGUCAGUAGAUCCGGGCCACCUUCCGCCUCCAGCUUUUGUGGUUUUCAACGGUGUCUCGCGGACUUGGUGUUGGGUGGAUAAUGGAUUGGAAGAGGAGAAUGAAACGGCCCUCCUUUCGCGUCUCUUCGCUCUCUGGAUGAAAAAGAAUGGCACCUUAAGCCAACAUCCUCGAUCUCAUUUGGAUGGAGCUGUCAAGGAGGAGGCAGAGGAUGAAGAUGCAGCCGAAGAUGAGGAGGAGAGGUCUCGUCGAAGACCAUCACGCAUCCAUCGCGUACCUCCUCCCCAUUUUGCUACGGACUGGCAAUGCAAACUGUCUACCCCCGAACAGCGACGCAUAUUUCAACGCCAGGAGGAGGAACGUUACUCGCGCCCUUGGGAGCCCUUCAUCUACAAUCAACAUGGCUACGCGGCUGUAGUGGGUCCAGUGUUGAGAGCUGUGGGUGGUGAAGGCGGCAGCCGCAUGCGCACGGCGUUGUCGGCCCGUGAGCAUCCAUUGCUCCGCCCCAAUCGACCGCCUUGGGUAUCUCUCUCCGAGAUUGUUAGGGAUGCCGUAGCUCGACUACCCAAUGGUGAAGGUACUCGACCCGAGAUCGCUAUGCUGGUGCAGGACAGUGGCUUCCUCGUCUCUUCCUUCAGUCCAAAGCAGUUGAAUCAGUGUAUCAGUUCAGCCCUGGACAGACUGCAAAGUGAGGGAGCAAAUUCACCGGUUAUGUAUGAUCCUGUCCAGCGUCUCUGGAUCUACCGAUUUCGACAUCUCUCUCCGCCCGACUUCUGUCGCCUCUACAAGGACCAAAUUGCCUUCCAACGCGAGCGCUUCUUCCAGAUGUAUCCAGGAGGUGGCUAUCGACGUCCAACGGGUCGUUCGCAGCCGAGGAGACGUCGUGAGGAGCCGUUAGACGAUCAGCAUAUUCCUGACAUUGAAGAAUUGACUCGCGAGGAGGAGGAGAUGGAGGAAGGGGAUGAGGAAUACUAUUCUUCAUCGACAGAUGACGGUAGCAGGGAGGCAGUUGGUGCCUCCAUGCCAUUCUUCUCGCAGCCACGAAGAAUGCGUCUUGAGUAUAAACAUCAACACCACACCCACCACUCGGAGCAGUUGUGA